AUGGCGAACUACGUAAAACCUUCCGCUGUGGAAAAAUCGCAGCUGGUCAGGGGAAUUUUAACCUUUCAAUGGUUCUAUGCUCUGUGUGGCAUAGCCUUGCCCCCGCUUUUACUAAGGAGAAAUGCUGAGGGAAGGCUACAAAAAGUUGUCUCCGCUCUAACCUGGCUGUUUUAUGUCCUGCAUGUGUUACUCCUCAAUUAUGUGGUUAUGUGGAUGGUCUGGGAUAACAAUUUGAUUGUGGAUAUUGUGGUGCAACGUUAUGUCCUGGAUGGUGUUACGAAAAUCCUAAGCAUUGUACAAAAUUACGAUGUGGUGUGUGUCCAACUGGCCAUGGCCUUGGCCACGUUUUUUGGUCGGAAAACUUUAAUGCAGAUUCAUGAAACUAUUGCCCAAUUGGAGCAGGAUAUUGUGGGAUAUCAAAAAUCUCUUGAAGAUAAAUCCGAUUUAUUCAAAAGGCGUUGUUCCUCCUUCCGUCGCCGGCUUUUCCUUCGCUGCGGAAUAUUUUUCGUUUUGCACACUGUGCUGCAGUGCUAUGCCAAAUUUCCCAUGAUUUGGGAUAAUCUUAGUGGCCGGGAUAAAUUUCUAACACUCUUCAGUUUUCAUUUGAUGCAUAGCAAAUGUUCGGAAUACAGGGUUAUGAUGAGUGUCCUCAACGAGCUAAUCAGUGCCCUGCAAGAUUCUUUAAUCAACCUUAAAUAUGAAAUAGCACGCCAUGAUUUAUUAGGUAACUGCGUAGGAGCAGGAGAAUCUACUCUUUAUAGGAAAUUGAGAAGCCAUCAAUUUCUACUCAGUCGUUUUUGGUCUUUGGUCCAGUUAAUCGAAGCCUAUUUUUCCCUACCCAUGCUCAUACUUUUCCUAUAUAAUGGUAUAAAUAUAACGCACACUAUUAAUUGGAUAUAUGUGAAAUCAUUUCGACGCAAUGAAAAGGAUCGAAAGCAUCCGUAUCGCUUUGCGUACAUCAUUUUACUGUUUUUGAAUAUGCUGUGGACUUGUUGGCUCAGUCAAAUGUGUAUCGAUAAGUACCACCACAUUGUCAACAUUUUACAUAGCAUUCGAAUUAAAGCCAAUGACUUGGCCUUGGUUCAGCGUCUCCGCGAAUAUUCGCUGCAGCUGAAACAUCAGGAAAUUAAGUUCACCUGUUGGGGUUUCUUCGAUAUGAAUAUGAAAUAUUUCGGAUUGCUAUCAUUAACCAUCCUGACAUAUGUUUUCAUACUGCUGCAAUUCAAAUUGCAAGCGGAAACGGAAAAGGCCAUCAGAUUGUAA